CUAAAAAAACGCUACACUAAAAAACGCUACAUAGGCUAUAUUCGCUACAAGUUUAUUGCCUGUUUCUGUGUGUGUAUAAGUUUAUAAUUUAUAGAGAUAUAUAUUCGCUACUAUUCUAAAAUAAAAUAUAUAUAAAAUAUAUAUAAUUUAUUUUUGGAUUCGAUCAAACCGUAUGAAGUUUUACAAACUCAAAUGUACGCCAUCAGAAGACUUUUUAUCCCGCCAGCCCCAGAAACCCAGGGUGAACUAGAUAUUCAUUCCAAGUGGUUUUUGAUCAAUGAUCAAUCCAUAGUGAUCGGAGAUUACCUUCACUCUGAUGGAUUAAGAACCCUUGUGUGCUCCACUAACGAGUGUUUGCAGAUCCUCUCUAGAGCAGAAACAAUUCAUGGAGAUGGAACGUUCCGCAUCACGCCAUAUCUCUGGUAUCAAGUUUUCAUAAUUCAUGCCAGCGUAGGACCGAAUUCUAUUUGCUUUGCAACAACAAGGAUAAUAGUCCGAUUGUUAUAUCUGAUUUAUCUAAGUCUGGACAGCAAACCGGUGGACUAUUACAACUUCAAGAAGGAUGGAAAAAGGCUGAACAGAGAUGAUCAAAAACAGCUUGUUCGACUAGAUCCAGGUACACCUUAUAACUGUCAUAAAUCUGUUAGAUCUGCUGUAGUCAUCAACCUACUAGAACAACUUGAAACAGAGAGAAUAAUCUGGAUAAAUGAAGAUGAACCAAUUGAAGUUUGGUGAAUUCGGAGACGAGUACUGUCUACAAAUUUUUUCAAACUUAAUUGGACGUGAUAUUCUGUAUAUCCCUGUAUUUGAAAUCUCUGCCCAUAUCUGUAAACAGUAUUGUUUAAUUCGCUCUGAUAAUCGAGAUCCAUAUAGUGCUCCACUAACUCUUCUAUGGUUUGAAGAAACAUUUUUUCAAUCUGGACAUUAUCAGUCCAUUACUCCAACUGAUUCCAGCAUUAUAAUGAAGCAUUACAAUAGGAUGAAUAACUCUACAUAUCGAUUGUUUGAGUCUCAGGUUGCCAGGAUGACACUGAGAUCUGUCAACUCAGAUGUUGAGCAAAUUCAACAGCCUGAGAUUUCAUAUGCAAUAUGCAAUUAUGCAAGUAACUCCAACCUUGCUCCAGGAGAGAUUAGAUCAAAACAAACCAUCGACCCAGUGCAGAACAAAAAGAAAGUCCACAACAAUUUUAGGUAAUAUGAUGAAAAAUAUAUUAAUGCUUAUAAUUAACAUUUGUUUCCAAUGAAUAUUUCCUAAGUAUUUCAAUUUUUAGAUAAUUCCAGCCCCAAAAGAACUAAACUGUCGGAUACAACAGAUAUCACUCAUCCAGACCAGACCAUCACCAGAAUUUGUCAUCUUUGUAAUUUGAAUUUUAAACGCAAGGGAGGCUCAAAGAGGUGCAUUUGUGGCCGUUAUGUACAUGUAAAAUGUCAUAAAAAUAGAAUUAAUUGCCCAUUCAAGAAUGAAUGACCGUAAUAAUAUGUGGUACACUUAUAAUUUUUCCAUUUAUGACUAUGAGAAUUUAAAAAUAUAUAUCUCUUAAAUUAUAAACUUAUGAUUUAUUUUCAAUUUACGACUAUGUGAAUUUUAAAAUCUUAUACACAAACAGAAACAGGCAAUAAACUUGUAGCGAAUAUAGCCUAUGUAGCGUUUUUUUAGUGUAGCGUUUUUUUAGGGUAGC